CAACAGUCGCCACCUCCCCAUCCCCAUCCCAACACCCCUAUACGCAAUACUCCUAAUCCUUCACCUUCCACUCCUCGCUCGCUACCAUGGCUGAUUUGCUCGACACCCCAUCGAGGGUGCUGAAACGCGUUCAGCAAUACGAGGAGAUGGAGCUGCCUUCUCUUCCCAGUUUCCAGCGUCACGAUCUCGACCUCAGUGAUGACUUCGACGUCGACAGCAGCCGAGAAUCGGUAACCGAUAGAUGCACCACAUCUGAGCGCGAUCAGCUCAUUACACCUCUAGUUACGCGCCGCCUGCCCUCAACAAGUGAUGCGUCAUCAGCGCGAACCGCGUCGACUGUGAAGCCGUUACGUUCUACUGUUACCGACAUGGCCACUUCCAGUCCUCAACUCCGCUCAAUGUCUCGCCUGGACCACAGCACGCUGGACAUCUCUUACGACUACUCGGACACGCGUUCGGACACGGAUGCCAUCGUUGACGAGCCAGCCACCCGGCACACCUACGAGGACCACAGCUCUAUUUCCCCUAGGACAGCUCUCUCCACUCGAGACAAAGAAGUCGAUGACACUGAGGUAUACCCGCCGUCCACUACCACGAGUUUCAUCUCCCCUCCCGCCGGUCCAUUGGGGAUGUCGUACCAGACUGCAGAGAACACUCCGAAGCACAUGAAUGAAGCCCGGAUACCCAGUUUGAGCACAAGCGAAGUCUCUUCGAACGACGUCGAGGCGACAACGCCAGAAGGUGGAGAGUCGCUGCGGCUCCCUCAUGUCCACUAUGGGUCACCCCACCUUGAGGAUAAGAGCAGCGAUUUGACUGCGGACAACCUCACACCGGUCCCUUCAUCCUUGCCCGGAAUCCUGGACUCUCCCGAGGCAACGCCGGGACCCAUCCGAUACAUGGACUAUCCUUCGACCGCCGCUCGCGCCGCAGCUACACCUUUCGCACCGCUGCGAGACGUUACAACGAGAUAUCGUAAUCGGAGACCGCUAUCCCCAAGCCUCGACCGCGGCGGCUCAUCCCGGGCCCUUGUCGAUCACACAGCUCAGCACAAGAGUUCUCCAAUGCCGGUGCUUGCCUUCGAUUCGCUGCCAUCCCGAUUUUCUCCUUUGCGCAGAACUACUGCUCCGCAAAGCUUUGCCAGCUCUACGACCGCGAAGCCAGACGACGCAUCAAACCACUCAGACGAGGAUCGACGUCCGUUACAUUUGGGCACAUCUGUGGACGACCAUAUCGGUGACAGAAGCGUGGUCUGCGACGACGGUAGCUCGUCAGGGCCGGGCGCCAAUAUGCCAUCUGCUGAUGUCUCGAUGGAAUCGCCUCAGCAUAUCCACAGCAUGUCGCCUUUCGCCAAAGUCGAGAGACACCUCAACAGGAUGGACCAUCAGUUGAUAAACACCAGUGACCUCACCAGUAGUGAGGAGAACUGGCAGGAGGAGCGCGGGCGCCUUCUCCAAGUUAUUCGUGAUGCCGGCUUGGACGCCGAAACGGGUGAAUAUAAUAAGGACCUGAACGCCGAUGGCACCGGAAAAGAUGUGUCGCUCUCCGAACUGGUAUCCCUGCGCGCUGAGCUUCAAGAUACACGCGAUCAACUGCAAGAUGCCCAUGAGGAGAUGUCCCGAGUCAAGGUCGACUUUUCUAGGAAGACAGAGGAAUACUAUCACAUGUUCUCGGAAAUCGGCGCCGAUUACACCAAGCAGAUCGAGGCUUUACAAGACGAGGUUGGGCAGACCAAGGGAGAGGUGACCCGGUUGCAAACGCAACUGGAUAUGUUGCGGCCAUCCAGUGCCGUUCAAGAGGACGAGCUUCGCAAACAAAUUGCCAUCCUUGGAGGUGAUCUGUCCCGAGCGCAAGAGGAUGCCCAGAUCGUCGCAGAGGCUUUAGCGAAUGCCCAAGCCAGGUUGUCAGAGGCCCACGCUAAUGAACAAGCGACUCUCGAGCAGCUUCAACAGGCCGAGGAUCGCGCGGACACACUGCAGUCGCACCUCCACUCAGCUGAGCGAGAAGUGCAGCAGAUCACUCAAUGUGCGGACGACCUCCGAUCCCAACUUGUGGCCUCUGAGAAGAGUUUGCUGGAGUUCAAGUCCCGACUUGAGUUUGCUCACCGUGAAGAAACGAGCGAGAUAGAGGAUCUCCGAGCGCGUCUUGACGCCGCGCAGAAUUUGGCUGAAGAGCGCGCACGGGAGUUGACCGCCAUGCAGGCGCGUCUAGCCACCGCCUCGAGACUUGUCGAACAGCGUGAUGGCCAGAUCUUGAGCUUUGAGGCACGCGUGUCCUCGCUUACUGAUGAGAAGGACGCUCUUCGCGAGGAAAAGUGUCUCUUGUCACAACGCGUUGAACAGCUGGAGCUACGCCAGCGCGAGAACCAGGGCGUUAUGGAUCACGAGCGCAAGGUCAUCCAACAGCUGGAGGAGGUAGUCACUACGUCAACCACCGAGAUUGAGACGAGCCAGAAGCGCGUCGCAGAGCUGGAGAUGUUCCUGUCUACGGCACAGGCCGCGCAAGCCGACUCACAGGCUGAGCUCCAGUCCCUUCAGCAUCAACUCAUGAUGUUGAGCCUCGAACGGCCCGAAGCUGACCAGAGUCGUGAUUCGGCUGUCUCAACAUCAGCAGACAUGACGAAGUCGAUCUACCAAGCACAGCUGGAUGAGGCUCACCGUCAUAUCGGCCGACUUAAGGCUGAGCUUGAGAGAAUGCCUGCUCGCCAUAGGACUCUUGAAGACCGAGACGCCCGUAUCCAUGCUCUGACAGCGGAGAAGGAAAUUCUUCUUGAGCGGCUGAAGGCGCGUGAGAUGGCUUCCCCAGCUCGGUACGCCCAUUCCAUGGCUGCGUCUACGCCAGCCUUGCACAGGGCUGUCUCCGCUCUACGGUCUCCUCGCACCCCAGGCCCGCUCAAAGAUCUGUCGUGGCUGCAAACCACUAUGGAUGACUCUCAGGAGUCAGUGUUGCGAGCGGAGCUCGGUCACCUACAGCUAGACUUUGACGCUGCUCAAGCCCAGCUUGACAAGAACUUCGAUGCCCUCGAGAAAGCGGGACUUGUGGCCAUCCGGCUUGCCGAAGAGCUUGCAGCAGCCAGAUUGGAGAAUGGGCAACUGAAGGAAGAGCAAGUCAUGCAAGGCCGAGUCAACAAACAGAAGGACGAGUCACUUGAGAGGGGUCGCUCUCAGAACGAGCGAUUAGAAGCCGCCCUUGAGCAGGUGCAUCAGCGUCUCUCGAGCGUACGUGAUCAUAUGACUGCUGAAAAGGAGCGACUGCAAGAGCACAACCGUCGCCUGCGUCUGCAGCUCUCAGACAUGCGCUUGAAAUAUGAAGAAGAACUCGAGCGCCUGUCUGAAGAAGCAGCCCGGGUUCACGAGGAGGCACAGGAAGACAUCGCUCUGGUUAAUCGGCGGAAUGAGCAGCUCCGCGCAGAGAAGGAUAUACUGACAGCUAACCUGCGCAAAAGCGAGGGGCUCGUUUCUCGGCACGAGGCGGAGGCUGCUAGGCUGCACACAACGGUCAAGGAGUUGGAGGAGGUUCGGGACAGUCUUCGCCAUGAGCAAGGCGCCGCAGUCGAAGCGCAAGAUAAGGUUCGAAGUCUUCAGGCCACUCUUGAAAAGACCAGCUCUUCGUUGAAAGCAUCACAAGAGAGCUUGAACCAAUUGCGGAACGAACUUCGCAUCUGCUCCGAUGAGCUCGCUGACAAGGAUCACGAAGUCGAGGCCCUCACUCUGGAACGUCAGCGCAUUACUCGCGAGCUGGCCCAGCUCGGCAACGAUUUGGCCGUCCAGCGCCGAGAGUGUGCCUCCUUUGGGUCAGAGCUGCUGCUGCUGAAAACGCAGCAGCGGCAGUCUGCUCAAGUCUAUCCCGACCAGCUUGCGUCUCUUCGGGACAGCCUGCGCGCGAAGCAGGCUGACUUGGCUCAAGCUUUGCAGCAAGCUCAAGACGCUCGAGACCAGUGUUUAGUCCUCCAGGAGCGGCUGCAACGUUUGCAGAGCCGAUUUCAAGCCUCCGGCGCCGAGCAGCGCCAGAAGUACAAAGCGCAAAUGCGCCGUCUUUCGGCACAGAUCGAGUACCUCCAGGCCAUGUACGCUCGUGAAAACUCGUUCCGCGACGCGCUCGCGUUGCAGAAAAAGUUCCUCAUCCUCUGCGUGGGUGGGAUGAGCUUGAAUGAACAGGCGACACUGCGCAUGAUCGCAUCGAUGGGUUAUGAGGUUGCUCCACUUCCGCGGCCGAAGAGGACAUUGAGGUCGGUCGGCCUAGCAGUACUAUCCCUCGUCCGCGCCAAGUAAGACUCCGCUAGCCAACUAUGAUCGUUCCUUGCUGACUGUAGGCGCAUGUCGGAUGACUGGCAGUCGGCUCGUCUGAAGAGGAGUGCGGGCAUUCAGCGAGUCUAGAUCGCCUUUCGUAGGUGGACAAGGAUGUCGGAAACCGCCCGAUCCUGUCAAACGCCAUGUAUAUACGAGAAGCGGACGCUUUGCGACGAACUUUUCGCAACGUCCAUCGGCUAGUGAUCCCAGUGACCAACAGCAUGCAUGUCCUCACUGCCGCCUUAUAGAAACAGUCGCGGCCAUAAGGACGCUGGCGAUGAUGAACACAACGUUGACAAUUGGCCCU